AUGGGUUCAAAUUCAGAAUUAUCCAUGACGCUGAACUUCGAGGAUCUGGAGGGCGUGCCCGACAUGAGCUAUGUUUCUUUUAUAGGCUUCUCCGGACACCUAAUGAGGGGUCUGUUCUUAAUGCCCGAUGGCGAGGAAUUUAUCUACGCUGCAGGGAGUCACGUUGUCUUUAACAAAAUACAAGAAAAGCAGGCCGUAUCUUGCGGCAACACUAAGACCAACGCCCCCACAACUCGUCGCACGGGAGGCGGCUACGUGGCACCUCGGGCACGCGCACUUGGAGGCCACACCAACGACUAUCUUGGGACAACCGUCGAGGGGUCUACCGGGUACAUACCAAACAAAAAGCAUGGACCCCCAGUGGGCGCAUCCGGGUCUUCUGCGGCAGGUGGAGCUUCCUACCGAGAUGUACAGGUAACAGACACAAACGCCAUUCUUCCUGGCAAUUUUGUCCGUCCCAUUCUAGUAGCAGGACAUACACAAAACAUUUCAUGCAUGGCACUCGCCAAUUCGGGAAAGUAUCUUAUCACCGGCACAGUCACCAAUUACGGGUUUUCGCCAGAGAUCAUAGUCUGGGAUACCAGCACCCGUAAGGCGCUCACACUGAUAACCCAGCACAAGUCCUCAAUCAUAGAUAUUGCCAUCUCCAUGGAUGAGACGUGGUUCAUCACCAUCGGGGAGGACAACUGGAUUAUUGCACACUCUUUGGAUGAGGCCUGUGGGUAUGAGCAGUUCAAGGCAUUUGCUGGUCGCCGUAUUCAAGCUAAUAGACCUCCCACAACACUCAUUGUUCUUUCUAGCAAUGUCAUAGUAGCUGGCGGCGAGGACUUUCUCUGCUUCUACGAAUUGGACAUACAGGGUCGUGUGUUUAGGGAGAACCCUGUACGCCUACCCCUGCGCCGGAAGAUAAACUGCUUUAGAGAGGUUGACUCGCUUCUCUAUGCGGGCACAGAAUCCGGUGAUGUCAUAAAGAUAGACCCGGUCCGACAGGUUGCAAUGCAGGUUGUCCCGUCCAAGAAGCCAUUUCCGGGAGCGAUCACCAGUAUUGUGCCGAACGACAACGGGAAUCUCCUCGUGGCCACCAGUGCAUCUAAGGUCUAUUUGGUUAGAGCUGACACCAUGGUGCCGGUUUCUGUCAACGACCUUCCGGCUGACACUCAGUUGGUGAGCUCAAGUGCGGCAUUUACAAGCGCAGCUACGUCUGCUGUUUCUAGUGCCAAGACCGCCGCUGUAGCUGCUGCAGCAUCGGACAAGGAAUCGGCUAUGGGAAACGGUCACUUGGCCGUUGUCAAUGCGAUAGCCAAUGGCAUAGCUUCAUUGGCGGUGGCGUCUUCAGGUGCCUCAGAGUAUGCCCUUGCCUACGGCCCCAACUGUUUCUGUAGAAUAAAUAAGGUUAGCCUAGAAUCUCGGCUACUACAGACUGCUCCCCCUGCCAUUACUACGCCACUCGGCACCGGAUGUGUUGCUUUCCCGUAUGACUGUGCACGCAUCUGUGUGUCUGCGUGUGGUAGCUUCGUCUCUGUCUGGUCUCUCAUCACAGGGCGAGAACUAGUUAGAAUUUCUGUUCCAGGUGUGCGUGCUCUAUCUGUGCUCAUCUCGGAGGAUGGAUGUCAAAUUAUUUCUGGAUGGUCGGAUGGGGCAGUUCGAUCUCAUGCACCACAAAGCGGAAAGUCCUUAUGGAUAGCUGAGCAGGCUCACGAUAACGGUGUUACUGCCUUGUCUCAAUGCAGAGGAGGCGCGUAUUUGGUUACUGGUGGCGGUGAUGGCCGUCUGUGUCUCUGGGAAAUUAGGGACUCAUUCCAGCGCCUGGUACAAGUUCAGAAAGGCCACAAAGGAGCUAUUACCUCCAUAAAUGUCAAGGUAUUGGAUAAUGGAGACGAGGAAAUGGUGAGUACUUGUUCAAGUGGGAUGAUACAGCUAUUCCGCUUUACACAUGGCCAGCUCUUCAACAAGCAAGAUGCAUUGCAGCACGAACCUGUCAAAAUAGAACUCUCGUGGGCAAGCCGCUCGGAGGGAGGGUUGGCUGGCGCUUGGGAACUUUCAGAUGGGUCGCAGGUCUUUUGUUGUGGAUCCUCUGGAAUGUUGUGGCUACAAUGUGGUCGCGCAAAUGGCAGUAUUCUCAGAGCGCUGCCUCUCCCUAUACCAGCCACGGCGUGCUACCUCUACGAAAGAAAAGAUAUAACGAAGAUUUUAGUGGGUCUCCGCAACGGCCAGAUCUUGCUGAUUGACUACGACAGUGCUGAGAUUGAAAAGAAAAUCCACGUGCUCUUCGGCGAGGUCAAGUGUAUAACUAUGUCCAAUGAAGAUAACCUUGCUCUGGCUUCUGGAAACGAUGGGAACAUCGUUGCCUUCUGCCCCUUUUAG